AUCCAUGGUGGUUGUACAGAUUAUUCAGAGCAGACUGUUUGUUGUGAUGGAAUUACUUGAAAAAGUAACUGGAGAUAUGCAAAAUGAUGGAUGUUCGUGAUCAUAAAUAUAGUUUUAAGUGGCAUGGAGUUUGCUGUGAAGAAGAAUUUAAAAUGUGCUCUUCUUCAGUCAGCAGAAAUUUUUAUUUGCCAAGAUGUAUAUUAAAAAGUUAUCAAAGUUUAAAACCAGCAUUUACUUACAGCUGUUUACCAGAAAAUAUUGACUAUAAAUUCAGUGUUGUCUAUAAGAGGCAUUAAAAUGGAUGUUCCUGGAAGAAGCAGACCUAGAGUUCGUGUGUACUCACAGUCCACACGACUUACAUUUGAUAAGUCAUCAUCUUCAGUUAAACCUAAUGAUGAUCUUAUCUAUAAUAGAUACUCGGACUCAGAUGACAGAAAACACACCAGGGAUGGAGGUCAUGAUUGUUGUGGGUUAGUACGCAUGAGGGCUUCGGCCCUUGGACAGUCGGCACCCUCACUUUCUACUAGCAUGAAGGAACUCAAUUUGUCUCGUAGAAGUAGCAGAGUUGCACAUCGAAAAAGUUUCAUUUCAACUACAUCUCCAACACUGCCAAGAUGUCAUUCACCAAUAUCUGGGAGCCCACUUGAAAGUCCACGAGUGUCUCCUAGUCAGCACUUUUCUUUCAUGCCAUUUAAGAGGGGUGAUGGAAGAAGGUGGUCUGUUGCUUCCCUUCCAUCAUCUGGGUACGGGACUACACCAGGCAGUUCCAGUGUUUCUUUGCAGUCACGAUGUUCAAGCCAAGAAAAACUACAUCAGCUGCCGAAUAUCCCCACCUGUGAAGAGCUGCAAAUGUUGACAUCUCAUUUCUCUUCCAAUGAAAGCAGUGCUGGGUGGGAUGAAGAAGGCAGGAAGUCCCCGUUCCAUCGUCCACGAUCUCGCAGUUUAAGUAGUCCUAGUCGCUCACCUAUUAUGGAUGAUGAAAUUGUCACCAUGAAUACGCUCUAUAAGGAGAGGUUUCCAAAGGCUACUCAAGAAAUGGAAGAGCGCCUUAAAACUUUCAUAAAUGACAACAAAAUGAUUGAGUCAAAGGAUUGUUGGAAUGAUUUGCAGAAAGAUUCCUUGCCAAUUGUACGAUUUGUUCAUCAUCAAAUUCUUGAAAUGGCACGAGACUGCCUUUGUAAAUCACAAGAGAAACUAAUUACUAGUCGAUAUUUCUAUGAACUAUCAGAGAAUCUAGAAAAGCUAGUAAUGGAGACUAAAGAAAAGUCUCCAGUUGCAGCAUCUAAACUGACCAGUUCUGUUAAAAAAUUACUUCUGAUACUUUCAAGACCUGCUCGAUUACUCGAAUGCUUGGAGUUUGAUCCAGAAGAAUUUUAUCACCGUCUUGAACAAGCUGAAGGGCAAGCAAAAACUUCACAUGGGAUCAAAGCUGAUAUUCCUCAAUAUAUUAUCAGUAAAUUGGGGCUUAACACUGAUCCCAUUACAGAAUUUCAAGAAGACCUAAGUGAGAUGGAAAAUACAUCAGAAAAAGGAAAACUUUCUCUGUCUCAAACAGCCAAUCCAAGACAACUUAUGGAACUGAAGAUACCAUCGGAGGAAGACUUUUCUAUCAUAAAACUCAUAUCAAAUGGUGCUUAUGGAGCUGUAUACUUGGUAAGGUUGAAAGAAACUCACCAGCGCUUUGCAAUGAAAAAAAUUGCAAAAAACAAGUUAAUGUUACGCAACCAAGUAGAUCAGGUAUUUGCAGAGCGUGAUAUCAUGAGUUUUACAGACAAUCCAUUUGUCGUUAGCAUGUACUGCAGCUUUGAAACGAAGAAGCACUUGUGCAUUGUGAUGGAAUAUGUGGAAGGCGGUGAUUGUGCAACUCUUUUGAAAACCAUGGGUCCCUUGCUGCCAGAUGUGGCCCGCUUCUACUUUGCUGAAACAGUUUUAGCUGUUGAAUACCUUCACAGCUAUGGUAUAGUUCAUAGGGAUCUGAAACCUGACAAUCUGCUUAUCACAGCUCUGGGUCAUAUAAAACUUACUGAUUUUGGAUUAAGUAAAAUGGGUUUAAUGUCAUUGGCAACAAAUUUAUAUGAAGGUUACAUGGAUAAAGAGACAAAACAGUUCUCAGAUAAACAAGUUUUUGGUACUCCAGAGUAUAUUGCACCAGAAGUAAUUUUGAGGCAAGGCUACGGAAAACCAGUGGACUGGUGGUCUAUGGGAAUAAUACUUUAUGAGUUUCUGGUUGGCUGUGUACCUUUCUUUGGUGACACACCAGAAGAAUUGUUUGCUCACACAGUAAAUGAUGACAUAGAAUGGCCAGCAGAAGAAGACUGGCCAGUGCAGGCAGAAGCCAAAGAAAUAAUAACUGGCCUGCUGCAGCAGAGUCCCCGAGACAGACUGGGUACAGUGAGUGCACAGGAAGUGAAGGAACACCAAUACUUCCACGGGGUUGACUGGAAUUCCCUUCUUCGGCAGAAGGCACAAUUUGUUCCACAGCUUGAUCAUGAUGAGGAUACCAGUUACUUUGACACUCGUAUGGAUCGUUACAAUCAUGAGAUUGGAGAAGAUACAGAUGAUACUGAUGAUUCUCCUUUGUUUGGAUCGUUUUCAUCGUGUGCACCAAAGUUUCGCAGAGUGCAUACCAGAAUAGCACCAUCUGAGCUAGCAGAAGAUGUUUCUUCAAAGAAAUCCAUUUCUCGCAAUGACUCUGGUCAGUCAGAUCAUUCAGAGUCAUCUCCUUCUGUUCUGGAUGGUACCACUGACACAUCAGAAGUUGAAGCUUCUUACGACAAUGGUACUGACAGGACUAUAGCCAAUCAAAGUACCCCAGAAUCGUCUCAGACGGAAAGUGAUGAUGUGUCACCACAAAUUCAGAGGAAACGUCGACUCCACUACAAGGAAACCAUUCCACAGUUUUCAAUGUCUGUUGAAGAAAAUCGCUCAAGCACGGACAUGGAACAUAUUAGAGAACCGCCUUCAUCCGAUGAAAAGUCUUCCAAGCAUUCUGAAUCUUUUGUGCCACUGCGUAUAGCACUGCCAACCAAGCACCGCUCCAGAGCUGUAAUUAAAAGUGCAUCUGCAUCUGGUCUCUCCUUGAUGAUCCCAUCAGAUGAUUCUCCUCCACAGCCAGUACAGUCGCCUGGCGGCUCAAGCACUGCCAGCUCCCGGGACACGUCUCCGUGUCGGGAACUGUCUCCUCUUGUAGCCAAUCUCAAUCCUCCAAUUAUAAUUAGGCGGGGACCGUGUGGCUUUGGCUUCACCAUUCAUACUAUUCGAGUAUACUUUGGUGAUACAGAUUUCUAUACCAUGCAACACUUGGUGAUGGCUGUGGAGAAAGGCAGUCCUGCAUUUGAGUCCGGUGUCCGACCAGGAGAUCUCAUUACUUACAUAAAUGGAGAAGCAGUGCAGGGACUGUACCAUACCCAGGUGUUGCACUUGCUGCUCUCGGGUGGUGACCAUGUAACAUUGCGGUUUACUCCGCUCGAGAAUACGUCAAUCAGGACUGGUGGGCGUAAGCAUGAACUGUGGCAGAGUAAACUAGCAAGAAGGAAUGUACAUCGGCAGCGUAGACAGAAGAGGGACCACACAGAUAAACGAAGGAAGUCAUCUCUCUUUAGGCGGAUAAGCAGUAAACGUGCCACAGUAGAAAUGCAACAGCAAACUGCUGUAAACAUACCUUCACCUUCGAUCUCGACCCCAAGCCGCAGCUUCCAGCAGCUUCCUCGAGCACUUACUUACCAGGAUAGUGCUACAACUUCUACCAACCUCAACAAAACAUUGUGCUCUCCUCCUACGAAUCGUGUCACAUUCUCUUCACCUGAGAUGACGCAGUCACCAGUUAACUCUUCACAAUCCAGCUCACCUAGUUCAUCUACACCCAACAGCCCAGCUACAGUCACAACUUCUACACCCAUGCAUUACCAGCGACCAUCAACACUGCAUGGUCUGAAGCACAAGUUGCAUUCUGCAGCUAAAGGAAUCCACUCCCCAAACAGGAGAAAGUCAGUCGGCCACAUCCCACUUUCCCCACUAGCUCGCACACCUUCUCCAUCGCCACUCCCAUCUUCUCCCACUCGCUCUCCUAGCCCACUAGCCUUCCCAGUUGGGCACCACCCAGGAAGCUCAAACACCACACAGUCGUACAGCCCGAGCACAUCACUCACCACACCAGGCAGUGGCAGCAAGAAGAACUACAGCAGACCGAAGAGUGCUGAGCCAGGCUCUCCUCUUCUACGUCGUGCACUUUCCCCCGAUCGCUUGCACCCACGCAGUGCCGAGAGUAAGGUCAAGUGUGCUUCUCCGUCAAUUUCUCCUCUCUGCAAUCCAGCCCUUAAAAUAAUGGUUUCUUCUGCUCCUUGGGUUACCAUUACAUCCCAGAGUUCUCCUGUUCCUACAUAUGCAGAACCUGUUGAUAAAGUAGCUGCCACACAGUACCCACUUAUGGUUCGCACUGUAAAAGAAGGUGUGGUUGAAAAGUUGGGUUGCAUGACGGACUUGCAUUUAAGACCAGAAAGAAGAGAGCGAAAACUCUGUGUCGAGCCUCCUAGUAGUGGUGAAGAGUUUAUUCCGUAUUUCUGCCAAGAAAGUGAUGGUGACUUUUUGAGAAAUUCAAAUGUAGUAACUUCAACCAACCUUACUACUGCUUCUACUUGUGACAGAAAUUCACAUCUUCCUCGCAUUGCUGAAGAAAAGGAUUCUCCAACCGGGUCAAGAGACGAUUCGUUAUUUCUCUGCCAAGAUAUGGGAAAGGAUGCUUCAGUGGCAGAAUCUAAGAUUGCUGGAGCAGAGAAAGAAACUGUAUUGAACAAAGUAAAAUCAUUAGAGACCACGAAAAAAGAUGCUGGUGCUAGAAAGAAUGCUGGAAUUGAGGGAAUAGAAACACUACGAAUUCAAAAAUCAGUUGAAAAACUUCCUCAAAAAGUAGAUCAAGCAUCUAGAAAAUCAAGCAGUGCACCUUCUGUUAAUACUAGUGAGAAUACUAAAGCAGAAAGUAAAUGUAACAGGUAAAUUAUUACUUUUUAUCCUUUUAAUGUGUAAUUUAAGAUUCACUGCUACAGAAUUUAGUAUUUUUAUUUUAUAACUCAGGUUUUUUAUAAAAUCAUAAUAAUCCUGUGCACACAGUGUUUUUUUUAAACAAGAUUAUUUGAUGGAGAUUGUUAACAUAAAUUUUUAAUGAUAUUCCAGCAAAAACAGUGAUUUAAACCACUGCCAAAACAUAUUUGAAAUCUUAGUCGUUCAAGGGUAUUUCAAAGAUUUUUUUCAAACUGGGGUUUCAAAUCCCACCAUACCUUGUUUCGUGUGUCUCAUAGAAAAUUAUAGGUGGAAUUUUUUUUAGUACAGAGAUGUUUUAUUUUGAAAUGCAAAUAGGAACUAUAACAAGUCUGCCCCAAGGUAUUGCUGAAUGAUUUUGUAUUUUUGUUUUAUUUAUGACUAAAUUGACUGGUUUUAUUUUAUAAUUAUGUGAGAAGUUGCAUGAUAAAGUCAGCUCUACUAAUGUGUAUGUACAUUUAUUAAUUAAUUUAUUGAGGAAGUUUUCCACUGAGGUGCAAGCAAGUGGCAGAUUAAACUCAGUUUGUCAAUAGGCCAGAAAAUAAAUGCUAAUAUUCAUUUAUACUUAAUCUAAAGUUUUUUAUUUUUUUAAUUGCAUAUACUUUACAUCAAACAUUGUGUGGAUUGAGAUGGUUGCUAAGUAGUAAAAGUUGUUCCUUGUUGUAACAUUUGGUUUUAUAUGUGAGUUUUAUAUUGAAUUCCUCUGAAAUGAUUAGUUAUUGCAGUAAUUUAUGUGGUAGUGGCAUACUUAUGUUGCUAACAAGCUCAUAUUUCCAUUUAGGUAAUAAGUAUUCUUAUUUCCACAUGGUACACAAAAGAAUCCAAACACAAUUUAAAAGUGUUUAUUGAACGUCAAACCAUUUGGUGGUAAGUGACAGCAUUUAGUGUACCUUUUGAUAAUAAAGUAACAUAAAAUUUAAGUUGAACAGCUACAGUAAGAGAAUAAAGUAAUAUUUGUCAUCAUACGCUGCUGCUCCAACUUAAUAAACACCAAAAUAUUUGGAGAUAAUAAGUAUUAUAAACCCAUUUGUAUGUUAAUAUUCUUUUUUGAGUUCCAUCUGCCACUUUAAGGAAUCUGUUGAGGACAUGAAAAGAAGGUCCUGUGUUCUUUUAUGAACUAUUGUUGUGACUUAUCUGACUUUACCAAUAGACUCAUUCAGAUAUUAGUAUAACUAUUAAUCAACAAAUCUGUCUUGGUUUUUUACCCUACUGUUAUUAAAUUCAGUUGUCUCUGUGUGUAUAUUUAUGUAUGUCUGCAUUCCUCCAAAUAGUUUAUAAAUGCUUUCAACAAAUUAUAGAAAGCUUUGUACGCAAUUAUAAUUUUACCAGGCCACCAGACUUGAUAGUUUUAAAACAGCUAAUAUACUUGUUUUGGAAAUAAACUUAAGUAUAAACUUCUAAACUUAAUGGUGAAAAAAAAUUAGAAAAUUUUGUCUAGAAUCUCCUCCACAGUUGUGCAAGAACACUUCUAUUGGCUGUUUUCUGUUUGAAACACACUUUUAUAGUUAAUUUUUUAAUUUCUAUUUCCUUAUAUAAAACUGAGUGUGUGGUUUCAAGAAACACCUGUUCAUUCAAAAAUUAUUAACACAUACAUAUUAACGGUAGUAAUUUUAAAGUAUUCUUAUUCCUUUAGAUAUGUUGCCAAAUUUUACUAGCCAUUCUUGUGGUAGAUGAUAUUUCACAUUUGUAUGCCUGUAACCACUUAAAUGGUACACAUAUUAGUGGAUACUUUUUUCUGUUGUCAAUGAACAGAUACUUAAAUUUUUGUAACUAUGCAUUCAGAGAUACUUGAAAAUACAAUCAGUUUAACACCAUUGUAAAUUGUCUAAUUUUUGGGCUGUGUGAGCACAAUUAUUACUGCAUGUCAACAUUUAAUAAGUCUUAUGAAAGAAAAAAUUAUUUUGGAGAUUUUGCUCAGAAAUAAUAUAGAAAAUGUACCAGAAUACUUAUAGUUAUAGGUUCACUAGGUACAGUUAACUAAAUAAUUUGAAUAUUUCAUACCCAUAACCAAACUAACAUAUGUUUUCAAAGCAAGAAAAGUAUUAUUAUAGUAUUGUCUCCCAAAUCAGCAUGUAAAAUGCCUAACACUUAAAAAUUUAUCUUUUUAUUGGUAUAAUUUGACUCAGUGGUCAGGUUGUUCCAAAAAUAUGGCACAUUGUACUUAAAUUUAACUAUGUAUGAGAACAGACAUACAUUAACAGCCAUGUUACAUUCUUGAAAAAUAUCAGUUAAACAAAGUGGCCCUUGAUUUAAUCAAGAUUGGUCAUACAAAACAGUAUUAAAUUAUGAUUUAGGUUACUAGACCUUCCAGAAUUUCUGGACAAAUCUAUGCUCAGAGAACAAAAUUUUCAGGAUGCAAGUUGUUGGCAAACAAGUUUUAAAUAAUAAAUGUCUCUGUUAAAUUUCUUCAGAGAAAAAUGCUAAAUUUUUCCAAGGGCAGAUAUCUUUGACCUUUAGAAAUUUUAUUCUACUAAUCAUGUUAGUUUUAUGUUUCAGCAAAUUUCUGUUCAAUAGACAGCUUUGAUUUAAUAACUCACAUUCUUGACAAAUUUAUAUCAUCAUCACUGCAAUUUUUGCAUGUUCUGUAUCAUGUGGACGAUUUCCGUUAUGUGCAUUACAAUUAUAAAAAAUAAAUUGUCCGCCAAAAAAUGAAUAAUCUAAAACAUUGAUGAAAACUAAGGAAAAUAUUUCAUAAAAUGUACAAACAUUAUAAAAGCUUUCACAUCUGAGAUACGAUUGUAACUUUUUAGCAAUGCCAAAAAUUAGCAUAUAAUCUGUAUACUUUACUUUAGACAUCAAUUUUUUUACAAUAGUGACAUCAAAUUUGAGUAGUGAAUGUUUGGAAACUGGAAAGUUGCUGCCUCGACUUAUAUAUACCAUGUGACUAUUGUAAAUGAACUAAGUCUUUGGUUUGUGGCAGAGGCUGCGUGUUAAUAUAGCCGAACAGUAUGCAGUGUAAACAUUAACUAAUUAACUACAUAUACUUAAACACACCAUACUAAAUCGUAACCCACUCCAGCAAUCAAAUAACAAAACAUAUUUCACUCUCACACCAUGAAAGUGUACAAUGUCAGAUCACAGAACUGUUGUUAGUGCCAUUAGUUCCCAUCAUAGUGAUUUGCAUGCAUCACUAUUAAUAGUAAACAGUAUGUCUCACUUUUCUCUUGUGAUUCCAAAAAUGUAAGCUUCUAUCCAAAGUAUAACUGGAGUAUUUAAGAGCUACACUACUUGCCACUUGGAUAUAGAGAACAAAGCAGGCUGGAAUGAAGUACAUAUUUAAUCAUGACUACAUUUCCUAAUAGUGAACAAGAAAUUUUAAGUCUAUUGUACAAAUUAAGGGGAAAAAAUUACAGUUUCUGUAAACAUAUGUGUAUUAUAAAGGAUUUAUAGCAUGCAAUUACUUUUUAGUUGCAUUGGAACCAGGUUUCAUGACUUCUUUAAUACAUUGAAAUUUUAGUAUACAGUUAUGACAAAGGAGCUUAAGUAAAUUUCGAUAAAGUGUGUGCUGGCCACACAACUAGAAUAGUGUGUAUGUAAACUGACAGAAGUCUCGCAACUUUACAUUUUACUAACCAAAAGUAUAUGGAAGUGUUACAUAAGGUUUCGUUUGAUCAUCUUGUGAUGAAAGAAAAGUGCAAAAGAUAUUUUCUUAACUAAAUUAGAUAAUGGCUUAAAAAAUUUGGUUGUCAAAAGAGAGAUGGUUGAUAACAUUGUAUUUUCAAACUAAACAAUUAUCAGUUGUUACCUUGAAAAGUUCUUUAGUAGUGAACACUAAUUCCCAGAACAUUGGUUGAAACUGUUCAUAACUUGUUACUUCACCAUGAAUGGGUAUGAUACAAAUUAUAACAGUUAAUAAUAUUUUUAUUUUUAUCUUGUUUUAUUAAGUCUGGUGCUUUUGGUAUGUUAUACAAAUUAUUAAAAACGAUUAGUAUGCCUAAGUAUUUUCAACAUUUAUUUUAUCUUUAAAGAUUGGCAAUUGUUUUUUGUUACUACUGCAUAAAUUUAAGUGAAUAAUUUCCAUUUCAUAAAAAUAGUAAAAAAAAUUAACACAACAACACAAUUGAAUAAUAACCUACAGAACAAACAAAAAUAACUAGGAAUUUCACAGAGACCCUUGCAGUCCAAAUAGUCAUUGAAGAAAUUGCAUAAAUGAACACAAAAUCACAUAAACCAGGUACAUUCACAAUAAAUAUAAGUUAGAUUAACUCCUUGUCCAAGAAAUAUCAACCAAAGAAUACAAGUAGUAACCCAACAGAUACAGAUGAAACCCCAAAAAGCAAAGUAACACAUUCCAAGCAAAAUCACAACAAAAAUUAUCUAUAAUACAAUAAACAUCACAGUAGACUAAAAGAAAGGCCAGGAAAAGCUUAGUAUUGGCACUCUUUUCAAUGCACCAAUAGGAAGAAGAUAGUUUCCAAUUGGGACGUUAAGGAGAAUAACCGCUGAUUGGGCAAAGAAUCAUCUUCUAAGGUUUUGAGAUUGUUAGUUGGUAAUAAAUGUCUAAUUUUUGGUGGCAUUAUAAGUUUUUAGUAAGAGUGCUUCUAUGAGAAUUCAAAACUAUCAAAACAUACCUGGAACAACAGUCAUAAAUUUGUGUGAGAAAAAUC